AUGUUGAAUGCAUUCCAAACAUAUCAAAAUAAGAUUCCUAAAUUCCGCAGAGUAUACACCCCUGCAUAUUGGGGGGUGCUCGAUCUGACCAGAGAAAGUCUAUACGGAUGUAAAGAAAUUACAGAAAACGAUUUACAGCAAUUAUCCCAAGACUUUGCUGAUCAUAUCAAAUGGAAAUGCGAAUUGGCCUCAAAAGAUACUCAAGAAUACUUCAAUAAUAGUUGCGAAAAACUUGGUAAUAAUGAUGAGAAUAAAGAUCUAAAACAUUUUGAUUCAAACGUACAAUUUUUAAAUGUUGACGGAAGAACACUUGAAAAUGACAUCGUCGUAUUUGCUGUUUCAUGGAACAUUCACGUCCAAUCAUAUAAAACACUCCUGAUUCAUGUUCUUUCAAGCAGUGAUGCCCGUAAUGAAAAAUCGGAUCCAUUCAAAAAAGCACGAAUGGGUAGAAAAGUUGAUAUGAAAGUAACAUUGCUAAAAACACCAAAUAAAUUCGAGGCACUUUUUGGGGAGGUUUCAGGUGAACUAGGACAGUUUGGGAUUCCCACAGCUUGUCGCAAGAAACGGUUCUUGGAUAAAGUAAAAUUAAUGGUAACAAUGCGGGAUAGUAUAAAUCGUCUAUUAAAAGAAUGUGAUUAUGUAUCGAACGAAAAAAGAUUAGAUAUUAUAAUUUUCGGCUGGCUUCAAUUUGGUUUAGAAUUGAAUUUCUACGCUAUGGAUUGGAUGGAAUCUGGUGUAUAUAGAUUCAGGUUGAUAGAUCGAUGCAGAAUACCUGCUGAUAUUGAUGAUUGCGACAUAUUGGAAGAUGCAUAUUGCAUUCUAAAAUUGCUCCAAAGAAGGCUACUUGAUACCGAAAAAGCUAUUUUUGAACAACACGAAAGGAAAAAGACGACAAAUCUUAUCAGAAAACAAAGCGGAGUUAAAUAUCAAUCGCUCUCCUUAAAGCAAACCAUUUGA